AAUGGGCAUUGACACCUGUGAUUAUGAGUGCCAUUAGUGAGUAAUAUAAAUACAAAGGAGUUGGGUCUACUCAGUAGUUACAGCUCACAAGUGCGGUGCCCCCCAGCAAGGACUACACCACCCUGCUACUCUCAAAUUGUGAGGCAACAACAACAGCACCCUCCAUUUUUGGUUUCUUCUCUCUCCUUUCUUUCCUGCAGUGAAGGAGAGUGUGCUUGGGGGGACAAACAUGGAAACCAGCUCGGUUUCCAAGUUGGUGCUUUCGUUGUUGUUUUGGUCAGCAUUAUUGUGGGUGGUUGAGUCAAGUGUAAGCUAUGACAGGAAGGCCAUUCUCAUCAAUGGCCAAAGGAGAAUCCUUUUCUCUGGCUCCAUACAUUAUCCCAGAAGUACCCCUGAUAUGUGGGAAGAUCUGAUUCAGAAGGCCAAAGAGGGAGGCAUUGAUGUCAUUGAAACCUACGUCUUUUGGAAUGUUCAUGAGCCUACUCCUGGCAAUUACAAUUUCGAAGGAAGGUAUGAUCUGGUGAGGUUCGUGAAGACAAUACAGAAAGCAGGGCUAUAUGCUCACCUUCGCAUUGGACCUUAUGUCUGUGCUGAAUGGAACUUUGGAGGAUUUCCUGUUUGGCUGAAGUAUGUUCCUGGUAUAAGUUUCAGAACAGACAAUGAACCCUUCAAGAGGGCAAUGCAAGGGUUCACUGAGAAGAUUGUGGGAAUGAUGAAGAGUGAACGUCUCUAUGAAUCUCAGGGUGGUCCUAUCAUACUCUCUCAGAUUGAGAAUGAGUAUGGGGCACAGAGUAAAAUGCUUGGACCAGCUGGCCAAAAUUAUGUGAACUGGGCUGCAAAAAUGGCUGUCGAAAUGGGAACUGGGGUCCCAUGGAUUAUGUGCAAGGAAGAUGAUGCUCCGGAUCCAGUGAUAAACACUUGCAAUGGCUUUUACUGUGAUAAAUUUACUCCCAAUAGACCCUAUAAGCCUACAAUGUGGACCGAGGCUUGGAGUGGCUGGUUUUCAGAAUUUGGUGGUACAAUUCACCAAAGGCCUGUCCAAGAUUUAGCAUUUGCUGUUGCCCGAUUUAUACAAAAAGGAGGAUCCUUUGUAAACUACUACAUGUAUCAUGGAGGAACCAAUUUUGGUCGAACGGCCGGAGGCCCUUUCAUCACUACCAGCUAUGACUAUGAUGCUCCACUGGAUGAAUAUGGAUUGAUCAGACAACCAAAAUAUGGUCAUCUAAAGGAGCUUCACAAGGCUAUCAAGAUGUGUGAGCGAGCUUUAGUUUCAACUGAUGCUGUUGUUACAUCAUUAGGGAGCUUCCAACAGGCUUCUGUAUAUUCUACAGAAUCAGGAGAUUGUGCUGCUUUUCUCUCAAACUAUGAUUCAAACUCUGCUGUUAGAGUCAUGUUCAAUAAUAUGCACUACAACCUACCUCCUUGGUCCGUCAGCAUCCUCCCCGAUUGUAGAAAUGUCGUCUUUAAUACAGCAAAAGUUGGAGUGCAAACAUCUCAGAUGCAAAUGAUGCCCACAAGCACUCAAAUGUUCUUGUGGGAGAGUUUUGAUGAAGAUCCUUCUUCUAUGGAUGACAGCUCCACAAUUACUGCUUCUGGUCUCUUGGAACAAAUAAAUGUUACGCGGGAUACAAGUGAUUACCUUUGGUAUACAACUAGUAUUGAUAUAGGUUCAUCUGAGUCUUUCCUCCAUGGAGGUGAACUCCCAACUCUCAUUGUUCAGUCCACAGGCCACGCUGUACAUGUAUUUAUCAAUGGUCAACUAUCUGGCUCUGCCUAUGGAACAAGAGAGGAUAGGAGAUUCACAUAUAUUGGGAAAGUAAACCUCCGUGCUGGAACAAACAAAAUAUCACUGCUCAGCAUUGCUGUUGGACUUCCAAAUGUGGGAGGACAUUUUGAGACAUGGAACACAGGAAUCCUAGGUCCAGUUGCACUCCAUGGACUUGACCAGGGAAAGUGGGACUUGUCUUGGCAGAAAUGGACUUAUCAGGUUGGUCUGCAAGGAGAGGCCAUGAAUCUUGCAUCUCCAACUGGAAUCUCUUCUGUUGAGUGGAUGGAGACAGCAAUAGUGGUGCAGAAAAAGCAGCCAUUGACAUGGCACAAGACUUACUUCGAUGCUCCUGAAGGAGAUGAGCCAUUGGCAUUGGACAUGAAGGAUAUGGGUAAAGGUCAAAUAUGGAUUAAUGGUCAAAGCAUUGGAAGAUACUGGACUACUUCAGCGGCUGGCAAUUGCAGUGACUGCAACUAUGCUGGCUCUUUCAGACCUCCAAAGUGCCAGCUCGGUUGCGGCCAACCGACUCAGCGAUGGUACCAUGUUCCUCGAUCUUGGUUAAAGCCAAAUCAUAACCUGUUGGUUGUUUUCGAGGAACUCGGGGGCAACCCUUCGAGUAUUUCACUUGUGAAGAGAUCAGUGAGCAGUGUGUGUGCUGAUGUGUCAGAGUAUCACCCAAAUAUCAAGAACUGGCACAUUGAGAGCUAUGGCAAGUCUCAAGAGUUCCAUGCUCCCAAGGUUCACUUACAUUGUAGUCCUGGGCAGGCCAUUACUUCCAUCAAAUUUGCAAGCUUUGGAACACCUUUCGGCACUUGUGGCAACUAUGAGAAGGGAGUUUGUCAUUCUCCUGAAUCCUAUGCCAUCUUGGAGAAGAAAUGCAUAGGAAAGUCAAGAUGCACAAUCACAGUUGCAAACAGCAACUUCGGUCAAGAUCCAUGCCCCAAUGUCAUGAAGCGGUUAUCAGUUGAAGCUGUUUGCUCUCCAUCUGCCAUCAAUUAGAGGGGCUGAUUGGUCAAUGAGACACCCUUUUAUCUGUAAUGUGAAGUGGCUUUUACAAGAAGUAAAUGAAACACUAAUAAUAAAGAGAGGACCAUAGGAAAAUUUAGUGGUAGCUGAAGAAAUAUAGUUUGAGUUCCAUAGCUUUUAGGAAGAGAAGUAGCUAUGUUCUAAAUGUGGUGCCAAAGGCACGAGUUCAUGAAUUCGUUUCUUUUUCCAUUCCUUUUUUUCUUUCUAUGUAGUUGGGGUUUGGGUAGAAGUGUUUUGUAUAAAGUCAUUCACUUUGGUGGAUAGGUGAAUCUAGAACCAAGGGUCUAAAAUUUGGACCCUUGUGUGUGUCCUAAGAGUCCUAGUUCCCGUCCUUCAAGUUUUAACAGGUUAUGGGCACUGGGAAGUUGUGUGAUUUUUCUGUGUAUGUAUUACUGGGUAAUCAAACUCCAAGGUUCAAGUUAGGAACGGAUCCUACAGUAACCAUACUACCAUGGAAAAGUUUAUUUAAGUUC